AUGGACAAAGAAUCUCCAGAGGAGCGUCUAAAUAAGGUAGAAAUUAAGCCAGUUGAGAAAGAGUGUCUCGAAAGAGUGUUCGAUCACUUAGUUACUAUUACUUAAAAUUAAAAACAUGAGGAUUUUAAGAAAAAAAUAAGCUCAGCUGAUCUCAUGAAAAAACUGCAAGAACUUGGAAGCAAACCCACAAAAGCAGAAGUAGACCUUAUGAUUUGGGAGGUAGAUGAUGAUCUUGACAAACACGUAAGCAAAGUAGAGUUUGAUAAGAUGUAUAAACGUUGCAUUUCAGAUGAAAGUGGUCUAGAACCCAGAAAACUUUACAACUUAGUUGUCUUCUUAAUGUUUGACAAAGCAUUUUAGGGAAAGGUCACAGUUGAAGAUACUCUACAGCUACUUUAUGUAAGAUAUAAAAGAGAUAGACUUGAUGAUGAAAUCAAAGCUAUUUUUGGAGAGAAUGAAAAGACUGAAGAGGGAAAUGAGAAAUUCAUUGAAUAUCAUGACUAUAUUGAAAAAAUUAAUCAUAGAGCUAUGGAGGAACGUAAAAAGCGUAAAGCUGCUCUUAAAGAAUAUUGGACUAAGAAGCAUGGACUUCCAACCAGUGAGCAUGAUGGCAGCAGAUAGUAUUGA